AAAUGAAAAUCGAGCAGAAAACAAUAUGUACGUCAACUUUGGUGUUAUUGAUUAGAUUAAUUAGAAAUAUUGUCCUAUUUUGCGAAGUUAUGGAAAGAUUUGAUAUUUAAUUAUCAGCAGGAAUAAAAGGACAAUCGAUUAGAUACGAAAAAAUUAUCUUUUAGUUGUAAAACAAAUUAAAAGAAAAAAUGCCAGAAGAAGAGGAUAUUUCGGCUUCGGUCCGCAUGACGAAUGAUGAUUUUCGAAAAUUACUGAUGACACCAAGAGCUUCGGCUCCAUCGUCGACACCAGCAUCGGUUCCUGGCACAAUUCGCGAUGCAAGUGCAAAAACAGCGCAAACACCGAAUAUCAGUGGCAAUAAUCGCGGUGAACUUCGUCGAAAGAAGAAGAGUUUUUAUGCGAAACUAAAGAAACAAGAGGAAGAUAAAAUGGCUGAAUUAGCGGAAAAAUAUCGUGACAGAGCAAAGGAACGACGUUCGGGUGUCAGUCAGGAUUAUCAACCAGAAGAUCCAAUGAAUACAACAAGUGCUUAUCGAGCCGUUGCUCCUGAUAUACAAUCAGGAAUGGACGCUGCCGAGCGACGUCGUGAAAUGAUUCAAAAUUCAAAAUUCUUGGGUGGUGACAUGGAACACACUCAUUUAGUGAAGGGUCUCGAUUUUGCCCUCUUGCAAAAGGUGCGGAGUGAAAUAAAAAAUAAAGAACUAGAACAGGAGCAAGAAAUGGAGAGACUAGUGAAACCGAAAGAAGUGGUGAAGGAAGAGCAACCAAAGGAGGUGAAGAAAAAAGAGGACGAAAUGCAAUUUAAAACAAAAGUCGGUCGCAAUAUUUACAAAACAAUAAUGACAAUGCGAUCGAAGCAAAUUGAACGCAAUGAACUCUUUAUCCCCGGUCGUAUGGCCUACGUAAUCGAAUUGGACGACGAGAAUGCGGAAGUUGACAUUCCAACGACAUUAAUUCGCAGCAAGGCGGAUGUGCCAACUGUCGAUACAACUCCAACCCUAACGACGAACGACAUAGUAAUUAAUAAAUUAGCCCAAAUAUUGUCAUAUCUACGUCAAGGUAGUCGACACGGCAAAAAGGGAAAGAAAAAGGGUCGUCUCGACGACAUGAACGAAAUGGAUAUCGCGCCAAAACCACCGCAAGACGACAGUAUUUACGGCGACAUCGGCGAUUAUGUACCAACAAUGGAGAAAAGUAGCAGUAGUAGUAGUUCACAUCAAAAAUCGAAAAAGAAAUCAACCUAUUUCGAUAAGCCGCACGAUUCCGAAAUCGAGAGCGAUAAACACAGUGCGCCGAGACUUCCAAUGGCGAUUGCACAAAGUAUUGUCGGUACUUCGAGUCAGCAGGUGGAAAUUUCAAAAGCUGGUUCGAUAUUGAGUAAAUUUGCCACCGAACCGGAGGGCUAUGCUGAAUGUUAUCCUGGUCUCGAUGAAAUGCAGGACGCGAUUGAUGACUCUGACGAUGAAGUGGAUUACACGAAAAUGGAUCUUGGCAAUAAGAAGGGACCGAUUGGAAGAUGGGAUUUCGAUACACCGGAGGAGUACAGCGAGUAUAUGAAUAAUAAGGAGGCACUUCCGAAAGCGGCCUUUCAAUAUGGCGUGAAAAUGGCUGAUGGACGGCGAACGAGAAAAUUCAAUAAGGAAAAGAAUGAAAAGGCCGAAUUGGAUCGUGAAUGGCAGAAGAUUCAGAAUAUUAUGAAUAAACGAAAACCAUCGAGUAGCGCUGACUCUGCGCCUGAAUUUAAAGUUCCGAGAUAUUAAUUUUGCUAAUUAAUUCGAACGAGUUUCAAAAUAAUAUUAAUUUGCUAAUUAAUUCAAAACCGUGUUUCGAGAUAUUUGCAAAUAGAUUCAAAUGAUUUUCAAAAUAUUUGCAAAUUGAUUGAAACGAUUUUAAAAAUAUUUGCAAAUUGAUUGAAACGAGUUUCAAAAUAUUUGCAAAUUGGUUUAAACGAGUUUCAAACUAUUUGCAAAUUGAUUCAAAUGAUUUUCAAAGUAUUUUCAAAUUGAUUGAAACGAGUUUCAAACUAUUUGCAAAUUGAUUCAAAUGAGUUUCAAGAUAUUUGCAAAUUACUUUGAAUGAGUCUCAAAAUAUUUGCAAUAAUUGAUUCAAAUGAUUUUCAAGAUAUUUGCAAAUUGUUUCAAACCAGUUUCAAGAUAUUUGCAAAUUGAUUCAAACAAGUUUUAAAAUAUUUGCAAAUUAAUUCAAAAGGUAACUAAAGAAAUUCACUAAAUUAAUUAUUUUAUAAAUAAUUAUAACUAUUAUAAUUAAACAUUAUG